CUGUCAUUGGUCAGCUGAUAGCUUUUUUGACACGAGAAUGCACAUUGCACCUGUCCAUUUUGCCGCGAAAAUUACGAGAAAAGUACAAAGAAUAUCCGGUUUGAUAGACGCCCUUAUUUCAAUUUUAUCGGGCAGGCAGGUGCCUUAAGCGUUAUAAAGUGGUCUUAUUAAAACACAGGCCUGUGUUAAACUUUAGUACAUUACUAGCUUAUAAUGAAAAAACAAAAAAUCAUGACGGAUUAUUUUAAUUGUGAUAAACUAAAAUCUCCGCCGGUAGAGUGUAUCAACACGAAUAGUGGGAAGGAAAACAAAAGACGUUUGAGUCUCAUUAAACCAUCAACCUCGGCAAUGCUAACUCCAAAAAAAGAUGAAGAGCUAACUCAUAAAAAGCCGGUUAAAAUAGAAGACGAACCCAUCGAAGUUUUAUCAAGUGACAGCGAGAUGGAAGCAACUCCAUCAAAAAGACGUCUUGUUGAUUGUGAGCAAAAGGAAACGAAAUUAUCACAGAAUGGGAGACUAACUGUAAGGAGCAUUGAGUCGCUAACAGCUCCAGUCUCACCAGACAUUAUAGAGUCCCUCAACUCUAGUGGAGAAGCAUCAAAUUCGUCUGCAACAACAUUUUUGUACAAUUUAUCUCCUAGUUGUGUGUAUCAGUCACCCACUACACCUUCAAGUCAAGGAUCUGCGAAUGCGUUCUAUUCCCCAACAAGGAAACGGCUUAUCAAAAACAAUUCCCCAGCUAAGAGGAACUUGUCUCAUCAGUUUAGUCUGAACUCUUCACCGAACAAAACUCCAUAUCAUACCGAUUUUCCUGAAAUUGUUGAUCAGAAAGAUGACAAAACUGCAUUUCUCAUGUCCAUAAUUAACAAAUGCCUCAAAGCAGACUCCCUGAGGCAUUUGUUAAAGGAAGAGUCACAAGUUCUCUUGGAGAAUUGUAUGAAGUUACUGAAGCCUAGCAUGAAGCUUAUGUGCCGACUCUACUGGAGAAAGCAUGUCUGGUACCGUGCUGAGGAGAUACAAGGAAUCAUCAAAGGGAAGGACGAAACAGCAAUCAGUAGCCCAGAACUUCAUAAUAUCCUGGAAUCUCUGAUAAACUAUGGAUUAAUCACUUUCACCAAAACUAACGAUGAAACAACACUGGAGUUUGAUGAUUAUGUAGAGUUGCUGAAGAGGCCGGAAAUUCUCCAGAUAUGCAAACAAUUCAAGAUAAAGGUACAAAAUAAGGAUCAAGGAGUAGCAGAACUGAGAAAUUUCUGCAAGAAAAAAACAUCUAUAGCUGGAUACUUCACAACAAUUCAAAACAAACAAAAUUCGAAAGCAAUUGAUAAUCGUACUAGAGUUUUGCAAAAAUUUAAAGAAACGGUGGGAGAUUGUUACAAAAUAUCUGAGCUGGCAGCAGAAACAUUCCACAAUUUGCAUGUGCUGAUGUACUUAGGCGUCGAUUAUUCGAUAAUAAGGGAAAAGAAGCUUGAGCUAAUGCUGAUAGAUGACAAAACUAAACGGGAGAUAUAUCCCGUAGAUAAAGAUAUGGAAGUUGAUGAUGCUAGUGUGGUGUUCCAGGAUAAAGAAGAAUUUUACAGGUAUCUUGAAGCACAUAAGAUUCACGAGGAUUACUUGAAGAUGGUCAAAGACAUGGCUGACUUGAAGGAGAAGUGUGAAAUAAUAAAGCAAGCGUACAAUAAGUACAAAGAAAUUGAUGAGGAACACAUGUUACGAUACAAAUCUCUGCCUACAUGGCUACGCAGAUUCACGCCACCAUAUAUUUACAUCAAGAUGUUAGAGAAAGGUGUGCAGGAACUAAAGAGGUUGAAAACGGAAGAAGACUACAGGCUUGCAGUAGACAUUCUUGACACUAUGAUCGGUCAGAGAGCCUUCAGAGAGCAUAAGAAAGCUUUAUGGUAUGCUGAAAAAGCACUCAUUUUACACAACCAUUUGAACAGCUCCGAAGAGGCGGCAAUGGUGUUGCUACAAGGAUUCAAAGAUAAUUUACCUGAGGAUGCGAAAGACGCCCUUCUUCCUCGUGCCAAUAAGAUCGCAAAUCAAAAGAAUAUUGAUUUAAGAGAAGAAUUGAGGGCAGAGUUAAGGAGCUAUUCCAAAGAGGCCAUACUUGAGAGUAGCUUCCCAGGAGAUCAUAUUAACAAGCAACAUAAAGAUAAUUACGAACAAAGAGGCCAGCGUCAGUUUGAGAUGCACACUAACGAAGGGAAGAGCAUCGUAUACACAGAAAAGUAUUGUCUUCUACAUUACGUUAACAACUGCAGCUAUACAGAUGGCGAGCACUGGGAGGGUCGUAUAGCGUCAGCAAUGUUCUUCAUUCUCUUCUGGGACAUAAUCUACAGCAAGCCUGAAGGAGCCUCCGGGAUAUUCCUGAACCAUUACCAGCGGUACCCCCUGGAUAUGUUCUGUGAGAGUUUCUAUGAGAUACGCAAGAAGCUCAUAGAUGAGAGACUGACCUUCUUACAGCAGUGCACUGAGCAACAACUGCUGGACUUCAUGAAGACCAAGUUUGUGGAACGGCCGCAAAGUCAGAUAUCGGAAGUGGUUCACCGCGACAUAGACUGGUCCCGGCUGGCGGGUGUGACGUCCUGCCUGCGCGGCGGCGGCGUGGCGGCGCUGUGCGGGCGCCUGGCGCGGCGCUACGGCUACGCCAAGAGCGGCUUCCCCGACCUCACCGUGUGGAACACUCAUACUAAACAGAUAAAGUUCGUGGAAGUGAAAUCGGAUGUCGACAAGCCGUCAAUAAAGCAGUUGCAGUGGCUUCGUUACCUCAUAGACAAUGGUAUGGACGCUGGCUUCUGUUACAUUGGCGUCAACACCACGCGCUGCAAAGCUAGGUCCUCGGCCGCCAGUCUCACUGAAAAUAACACUCCUUGAAAAUUAUUAUUAAUUUAAAUAAAACUACUUUUACGGACUUUAUCGCGGUUAUAUUAAUACUGUUAAAUCCCGAAGUUUCGGAUCCUUCACAGCAUCCAUGUUUACGGGCUGACCGGCGAAGACCGUCUGGAUUAAAUAUAUUAAUGUAAUAGCGAUAAAAUCCGUGAAAUUAGUUUUAAUUAAAUAUCUAAAUUCGCUCAAGUGUCAGAAAUCAAUUACAAUUAAGUAAAAAAAAUACUAAUUAUAAGUACACAGUUUAUUUAUAACUAGCUGUUUCAACCGGGUCCUGUCCCCGUUCCCAGGUAUAAUAUGGCCUAUGUGUCACCCGGGGCUAGUGUAGCUUCAGUGAAAGGCAUUUUUAACUUUUUCCAUCCAGGCAUGCGUAGUUUCCAUGGUCCGGGUGAAACAACCAGUAGUAAAUAUGUAGGCAUUUAUUAAGUAAGCUAUUAAUGAAGGGUCAAGGGUUUAAAAAUAAUUGCCAUAUAUAUUUUAUUUGCGCAACAAAGGCUAUCCUUGUUUCUAGUCAAAAGAACUAGUUUCGUUACUCUUUUAUAAUUUUAUCGGAAAUCGUACAAAAGAUCAGCAGCUAACUUUAUUACAUUGUAAUAAAAAAUAAUCAGGUUGUGCACAAGGAAAAUAAAUUACGUAAGAAGCGUUUUACAAUGUGAAAUUUGAUUUCUAAAUUAUGUUUGCAAUGUUAUACGUACGUUGCGGUUUUUAUGUUAAAACAUCGACUUAUAAUAUUAGACUGUUGGACUACGACUUUGCUGGAAUCCCUUUGUUUUCGAACAGUUUUAAUGAGGUAUACUUGUGUAUACUGUUUUUUUUUCAUUUUUUUGCAUGCUAAUACGUAAUCAAUCACAAAUCUUAGAUAAAUAUAUUCAUAAGUACAAAAUAAAAGCAGCCGAGAUGACGUGAAAUAAUAAUAAUAACAUAGAUUUUAUACGUAAAUUGAAUUAUCUAGUUAAAUACAUGACAUUUUAUACAAGUUAUAUAUCUUUCUUAACACUGAAAUAUGUGCCUUAAAUAUUUGUAGUUUAUUAUAAUUUUUGAUAUUAUACAUAGUCGUGGUGGCCUAGUAAAGAACCAACCUCUCGAGUAUGAGUGUGGGUUCGAUUCCAGGUCAGGCAAGUACCAAUUCAACUUUUCUUAGUUUGUAUGUACUUUCUAAGUAUGUCUUGGUCACCAAAUUGCUGAUUAAAGGUGAAGGAAAACAUCUUGAGGAAACCUGGACUAAGGGUCAAUCCCCACUGAAAGAGCAGCGGCCGUAAAUGCAAGGGGUCGAGCGCGAGCGCGGCGGGCCGCUCUUACAUUGUCCGUGCUCUUACGGCCGCUGCCGGCCGCUGCUCUCUCAGUGGGAAUUGACCCUAAGUCUGAAAUCACCAACCUGCAUUGAGCAAGCUUGGUGAUUAAUGCUCAAUCCUUCUCCGUGUGAGAGGAGGCCGCAGCCCAGCAGUGGGACGAUAAAAAGGCUAAACAAAAAAAAAUAUUUUUUUUUUUGACAUUAUAUCAAUCGUAAUGGAAGCACGUAUAUCAUCGUGCGCAUGGCCCUAUCCUCAAGUUUCAUGGGCGAAAUUACUUCUAUAGGGUAUAUUAUUUGUAUAUUUCUGUUAUUUAUCCUGUCAUAUAUGUUAUACUCGUUGAAUAUAUGAAAACAAAAAAUAGGUUCAAAAAAUUUGGAUAACUAUUUUUCAUUCGAUCUCAAAAUUAUACAGUAUUUUUUGUUGCGGACAAUAAUGUUGUUUUAGUUAUAAGCUGUUAUACUUAUUCUUGCAUUGGUGCGAAUUGAAUAAAUAAUCAAUAUUUUUUUAUAA